GUAACUUUCUUCAUUCAAUAUGGCGGCGCGUUUUCCAGCUUCUGCUUCAAUGCAGAAAAUGGCAAAUAACCCGCAGCAGUCCUCCAUGUAUCAGCGCUCUCAGUUCCAACAAUCACCAUAUGGAAUUUCGGUGAGUUCUUUACUAUUUGAUUCCUUUUGCUUUCCUUUAAACUGAUAACAUCACAUUAACUAUAAAACACGAAUUAAAAUCUUUCUGAAACAAGCACGAGGACGAUCAUGUCUGUUUCCAAAGCUUUGUUUCCAUUUGAUCGUUGACGAUUUCUGUUGAUUGCUGAAAGUUAUAAGGAAACCCUUUAGCCGAUCGGCAGCGAUGACAAGGAAACCAAGUUUUGGAGGACAUUUUUUUGAAAAUCAACGAAUGGUAGCACAAAUAAGUUCCGAUUAUGAGUUUUCAAGUUGUUCAAAUCCACUUCUUUUUCUUACAAGUAGAUUCCAUGUUGCCGAGAGUCUGUUCAGUAAUAGAACACAAAAUGAAAAAGUGGUUCAUGAGGCAGAGUUUAUCACUGAUGUUCUUAUCACAUUUUGAUGUCUUCUGUGACCUAUUACUGUACAGAUCCAAGGCAACUUAAAAUCUAUUUGUUUAAAUGAUAUAUUGAUAAAAAGCAAUAUGUGUUUGAUGGUGACAUCAUCUCUGUGUCUCCUCCUAGAGAUGAUUUGUAAGAACCAAUCAAAAUGCAUGUAUAAUUCAGCAUAUCAUAUACUUUAUAUUAUGGUCUCAACAUUCAUGAUAAAAAAUAUAAAUUGAAUAUCUUAUGUUUGCCCUGGAAUGUGCCUGUGAUAUUUUUAAUGAAUUUUGCAUGGUUGAGUUUAGUUUCAAUCACUUUUGUGAUUUUUCAGCGUCCAGCCAGCGGUUCAAAUACUGCCAUGGCAAUGCGCAUGCAGGGCACAUCAGGAGUACAUCCUUAUGGUCCUAAUGUGCCUCGGGCAGGACUGGUACCAGGUGCUGCUGCUGCACUGGAGCAGGCGAGGCGGAGACAGGAUGCCAAGAACAGGAGAAGGUUUGUAGUAAGUCUGAACUAAAGCAACUCAAUUUGCAAGAAUUGCUUGGUGUUUCAACUCCCAUGAGUGAAAAAGAAAGAACUUCUCCUGACAGUAACAAGUGAUUACUGUAUGGCCAACAGUAAGAAGAAUUACUCAAACGGUUAACUGAAAACUACCUUAUGUUUUAACAGUUCCAACAAAGUGGAAAUUUAAAUCAAGCUUGAUGUAUAAUUUCCUUUUUAGAAAGAAGAAGAUGGCUGACAAGAUCCUUCCUCAAAGAGUAAGUGAAGUCAUUGUAUUACUUAUGUCACUGAAGGGAGCUAAGAAAUCUUGUUGACUAACUUUGUGUUCAUGACAGGUGCGAGAUCUUGUACCAGAAUCACAAGCAUAUAUGGACCUCCUUGCCUUUGAACGGAAACUGGAUGCAACCAUAAUGCGCAAGAGGUUAGACAUUCAAGAAGCUUUGAAAAGGCCAAUGAAGGUAGGAGGGUUUUUUUGUUUCAAAGUAAAAUAUAGACUCUGCAUUAUAAUCAAAAUGAUUAAAAUUGCUUGUCUUAUACUAGGAUUAUUGUAAGUAUGAUAAAUGUACUGAAAAUUUUGUUUUUGUUGUUUCCUUUUUCCAGCAAAAGAAGAAGUUGCGAAUCUACUUAACUACAAACUUUUAUGUGCCAAGACCAGAGAAUGAAGUAAGUUAUCUUAAAAUCUAUCCUCAGCAAAGAAGCUGCAAUGUUAUUUCUUAGCUGUUAAUUUUCCUUGCAACGGCUUUAAUUUGCAUGCAUCAUUUUCGUAGCACAGUAUGAAAUCUGGUUCAUAACACUAAUACUUUGCUAUAUAAUGGUUUAUUUUUGGUCCUCCAACAUGAAUUUGCUGCAUGAUUAUCAAAGAGUCAAGUAGCAAUAAAUGUAUCUAACUCUUCAAAACAUUCUUUUGUACUCCAGGAUGAAGAAAAUAUUGUUCCUUCAUGGGAGCUGAGAGUGGAGGGUCGUCUUCUAGAGGAGGUACAAGUGUAUGAUAAAAGUGUGAAAUGCAUGAUACAGUGAAACUCAUUUUAAACAGACACAUGCAGAACCUUUGCUAAUUUGUGCUAAAAAGGGGGUGUCCAUAUAAAAUAGCUUCUUGAAAAUUGCACAAUGACCACAAGCAGUAUUUCAGAUUGUGACAGAGUAAAACAGAAAUGUAACUGAUGUCUUUGAUGGAUCAAAUGUUCUAAGCCUCUUUUGUCUCAUGUAAGCUUUGUUACACCAGUUUCUUGAAAAUAAAUGGAAUUACAGAUAUGGUGGGAAACAAACUGAGAUGCAUUUUGCACCAUCAAAGUCUGUGGAGUUCAAUGUACAUAAUUAGUACAUACCACUGUAUUAAAUUGUACCACAUAAAUAAAAAUCAGUGGACCUGAUAUUGGAUAUUGAAGUUUUGAAUAUACCAUUAGCCUAGAGAUGUUCAAACUCUUUGAUAAAACCUCUUGAAGUGUCUGCUAAAUACGCUUGUAGAUUUGGGUUGUUGAAAGUCUCAAUUUUAGAGUUUACAUUUGCUCAUGAAAGAUAUAUGAUAUGUAUAUCAUAUAUAUAUAUAUAUAUAUAUAUAUAUAUAUAUAUAUAUAUAUAUAUAUAUAUAUAUAUAUAUAUAUAUGUAGAUAUGUAUAUAGGUUGGUUUUCUGGAGAAAUUUGGGAUGUGAAUUUUGGGUUGCAAGUUGGUAUAUAAUUUAUACAGGUUUCACUGUACAAAAAAAAAUUAGUGUUUGCCUGAAUUUACCAAAAUGGUUUUGUGUCAUGCACACAGAUGCAGGCUCCCAAGACUGAUGGUCCAAGACAGAAACGAAAGUUCUCAACAUAUUUCAAGAGUCUUGUGAUAGAGUUGGACAGGGAGUUAUAUGGGCCAGAUAAUCACCUAGUUGAGGUACAUUAUAGCAGUGAUGAAGGUGAUACAAUCUUGGAUUUGGUGAAACAAAAUGUGAAAUAUUCAGUAGAUUGGAUCAGUAGAAAGUACUAAGAUAGAUUUGUUUGUUGAGCACUGCAAGUAAUCCAGGGUAUAUUAGUUGUACUUUACUUUGCUCCAUUAUUUGUCUAAAAUACAUGCACUCUCCUCUGAGAAUCAAUAAGAUUGAAAACUACUAGACUAGCAAAGUAAGCAGAACUUUGCCAUUAAGAUUUUGCCAUGAUUCAGGUGGUUUGCUUUUUUUUCACCUUGAGUGUUGUUGUGUCUUCCUGUGUUUGGGUUGGCCAUUGCAAUGACUCUGUUUUGUUUUACAAAGCUCAAUUAGAAAGCUCGCUCAUUUGAUAAGAACAAAAGAAUUGUUUUUAAUUUUUUUCAGUGGCAUCGCACCAGUUCAACUCAAGAGACUGAUGGUUUUCAGGUAUGGAAUUUUGUCCAGGACUUCUUACUGCAUGUUGUUUUUGAGCAUUGUCAAUGCAACCUCCAAAUUCUUGGAAAAAUUUUGAUCAUGUUUUCUCUUGGUUCGCAAUCUCUACAGUACUGUUGUUAUCUACAAUGACAGUCAUCUCGAUGAAUUGACUUGGAGUCAUUUUCAGAACCAAGUGGACUCUGAUAAAGACUCCCAUUCAGGUUGUCAAAACAUCAGUCAGUGUCACCAUCAACAAAAGCAGUUUGCCUGUGUCAGAUUAAAAGUCUUGAGUCACUCUUCAAUGCCCUUUUUAAAGCAUCUGAUCUCAUUUAAGGUUAAAAGGCCUGGAGAAGAAAAUGUGAAGUGCACUAUCAUGUUCCUGUUGGAUUACCAGGUAAGAGGUAUAAAUCAGAUGUCAGUAGUAAAUUAAUUAAUUGAUUACUGUAUCAUAACCUUGUAACUAACCAAAACAUAAACUGUUUUGUUAGCCUCCACAGUACAAACUGGAUCCCAGAUUAGCAAGGCUUAUGGGUAUUCACACUCAAACAAGGCCAGUGAUUGUCAAUGCUUUAUGGCAGUAUAUUAAGGUGAGCUUGACUCUGUGGGUAAACAGUUUCAACAGAUUUUGUUGUAACCCAAACCUCUUGAUUACGAUUUAAAUGUCUCUGCUACCUUAGGUAAUGUUAUUUUUUCUUUAAUUACUUUCAGAGUCACAACUUGCAAGAUUCUCAUGAGAGGGAGUACAUAAACUGUGACAGAUACUUUCAGCAGGUCAGAUCUGAUGUUCAACUUCCAAACUCUCUUUAGUCAUCUCCACUUAUUUCUACUCAGAAAUACUAUGAGAACAUGACUAUGCAUUUAAUUCUUUAUACCAUGAAAACUCUGCAAGUUUUGUUAAAUCAAAUUUGGUCAUUGGUAUUGUAACUGAUUCAAUGUUAUUUGCUUUCAGAUUUUUGAAUGUAAUCGCAUGAAGUUUAGUGAGAUUCCUCAGCGUUUGAGUUCCUUGUUAUUACCUCCAGAUCCCAUUGUUAUUCAUCACCUUAUAAGGUAAACUAUAGCAUCCUCCAUCAGCUGAGGUAUAAGUGAUAGCUCUGUAGUUCCUUUUUGUUUAGGAGUUGUCAAACUGGUUAUCUUUCAAUUUUUUUCCCAUUCCUGUAUAACAUGGAUGGGAACAAAACUUCAAACAAAAUGAAAACUAAUAUAAUCAAACUACAACAGGAAUAGUUUAGCAUAAUUUUUCAAGUACAAAUAUUACUGAAUCAUUAAUUUAAUCAGUUGUCUUUUCCUCAUAGCAAAGAAACGCCUGAAAACAAGAGAACAACUUGCUAUGACAUUGAAGUAGAAGUUGUAAGUUAAACAGUUUGGUUUUAUUUUACUUAGCACCAUAUCUCUGUUAUAAUAUCUGUCAUGACAUUCUUGCUGUAAUUAAUUGUUAAAGUUUUAAUGUAGGUUUAACCCUUAAAUUCUCAUGAUCUGAUUGUUAAUUUUCCUCUCUGUUGUUGCUCGAUAAUGUAAGGAUAUGUUUGGGAGAAGUUACAGUUGCAUGUUAAUCACUUCUAACGAAACCUUUCUCUAUUAUCAUAUGUCAUGUCAUUCUUGCUGUAAUUAGUCAUAAGUUUUAUUGUAGGUUAAAUCCUUUAAUUCACAAGAUUUGAUUGUUAAUUCUCUCUACUGCUACACAUUUCCUUCUAUAUUAGGUAAGACAAUUUGGUGUUAGAUCAAGAUAACAACUUCCACUUGAGUUUGAGUAUUCUCGUUACCUUUUUGCCAGAUAAUGUAAAGAUAUUAUUGGGAGAAGUUCUUAGAAAACCUUUGGUAACAGCAACCUUUUUACAAAUUAUGCAUCUAUAAAUCAACUGGGUGUGUUUAUAAGAUAGAGUAUACAAAUGUAGUGCUUGGUUUGCUGUUUCAAUAAUUUCUGAAUUUCUUGUUGAAGGAUGACACGCUCAAGGCUCAGAUGCAGUCUUUUCUUCUUUCUACUGCAAGUCAGAAUGAGAUUACUGCAUAUGACAACAAGGUGAGCUGAGAUUUUUUAGUUUCCCAUCAUUGAGCUGAAGAGUUACAAAUAAACCCAACAGUAUCGUUAGUUUUUACUCUUGCUAAACUGCCAUUGAAAUUGAGUUUCUGAAUCAUUCCUUUUGUUUUGUUUUUUUUGUUUUGCAGAUUUAUGAGACAGUUGAGACAAUCAAUCAGUUGAAGAUUAACCGGGAAUUCUUUCUUGGGUUUGCAAGAGAUCCUCCCGUGAGUAUACUGCUCUGUUACGUAUGAAACAAUUUCAUGAAACACUUUUCCUUUUUUGGGAGAAAUGGUACAUGACAUUACAAAAAAUGCCAUGACUAUGUUGUUGCAACUUGUUGUUUUUCUUUUUAUAGUAUUCAGUUUUGUUUUGUAGCACUGACACAUAUCCUUGGUAUCUGUUUUUAAGGAAUUUAUCAAUCAAUGGAUACAGUCCCAAAGUCAAGAUCUCAAGGUAAAUAUAUCAACAAGGUUGCGCAAUGUAGUUGAUUUAAGACCUCAGCCUAUUAUAGGUAUCCUGAAAUUUGCCGGUGGUUACUGUGUUUGUUCUCACUGUGGGAGUGCUUGGUGCUCAAGUUCUCUCUUUUGAGCUGGUUGAUCUUCAUUGAAGAAGAUAUUGGUUGUUUUAUAAUGUGACUGUUGUUGGCUCUUCCGUGACACCACUCGUUUAUCGUGCGGCAAUAGCUGGUCUUCUUGUGGCUGCAGUUUCUUCUUUUUGUGAUAUUAGUUAGGUAUCCUGCGGCACCUUUUGUUUUCCCUGUGUUGAAAUUCCUGUCAUCUUUCAGGUUAUGACUGAUGUGGUCGGAAAUCCAGAAGAAGAGCGGAGAGCUGAUUUCUUUCAUCUUCCCUGGUCACAAGAAGCAGUUUGCCGCUACUUUUAUGGAAAGGUAAUGAUCACCCAAAAACUUUUAAUCUGUUCAGGCCAAAUGAUUAUUAGUAGCGCACUCUGAAAAUUGUUUUCGUAGACCGCUCCUCGUAGUAUUUGCACCUUAUGACACAGAAGAAUGCUUUGUAGUUGUCAAUUUGCAGAGCCAAAGUUCUGAAUUUCUUUUUGUUAAUAUAAUUCAGGUACAACAGAAGAGAGCCGAGCUGGAACAAGCCCUGGGCAUCAGAGGAACUUAAUGCGAGGCUCGUGCUAUUCACAUGAUCGCCUCUGCUUAUUUGCUCAUGAAAGGAACGUGACCACGACGUGUUAAGUGCAGGACGUUUACAAACUCGCUCCAGGUUUCGCGGACUCGCAUGACCGCGUGUCAUGAAGGGACUGUUCCAAGUUCAAUUUGAACAUCACUGAAGGUUGGAAUAACUAGAUAUGGUUUUCUCGCCGUUCUCUUACUCUUUGUAUUAUGUAUCAACUUACCUGAGAGUCUUGUGAGGCUCACUUUAAUAAGGUCGUUGUAUUAUAAACCCGAUAAUUUCCAUGUAUUUUCCAAUUUAUAUGUUCUAUCUAUUGAGUUCUAGCCCGACCAAUGGAAAAUAAACUUCAAAAUCCCAG